UUGUGAUUAUAGCUAUAAAGGUAGGAGCGGGAUUGUUGCGAGUUACUCGUUUGCGCGUUUGUUUGUAAGGAUUAUAGAAUAGUCCGGCGUGUUGUCUGGCACUUAAUUUGUGACAAUUUUAUUAUUAAUCAUUGAUACGACAGUAUAUUUGUCGUAAAUUGUGAACAUGUCUGACGAGAAAAAGGAAACUAAAACAGAGUCAGAGCACAUAAAUUUAAAAGUAUUGGGACAGGAUAGUGCAGUGGUUCAAUUUAAAAUUAAGAAACACACACCACUCAGAAAAUUAAUGAAUGCCUACUGUGAUCGGGUGGGUUUGGCAAUUGCAGCAGUAAGAUUUAGAUUUGAUGGACAACCUAUAAAUGAAUUAGAUACCCCAACAACUCUUGAAAUGGAAGAAGGAGACACAAUAGAAGUUUAUCAGCAACAAACAGGAGGAUUGUGUUGAGAUUUAACAUUAUCUAUCAUUAGUUUAAGUAAAAAAAUUUCUGUUCCAAUACUUACUUCAAAAAAAAAAAAAGAACAUGAAUUUCUAUCUUUUUUGA